UCAUGAACCUUGCAACCCCCCCCCCCCCCCCCCGGGGAAAAAAAAAGAGCUUUUCCUCCCCCUCUCCCAGCUCCGACCCCUUGUAUGGAAAGUUCGGAAGUUGCUUGGGUUCGGGCAGAUGUAAGAAGGGGCAUCAGAACCCAUCGGCCAAAAGAGGAUAGGAAAGGCCUUUUCCCGCUCCCCAAAAAAAGCGGUAUAUUCUUUCUCCUCUUGAAAAACUUGCGGUGUCACUCCUGGAAGUCAGUUUUGUGGGCAGACCUUUACCCCUUCACUUUUUUUGCAGACACUCUGCUCAUGUGGCUGAAUGGGUCAGGCAACUGGCAGCAGAAAGAAGCGUAAGAAGAACCGAAAGGUGGUUGGUUCCGAUGACGAAGAGGAGGAAGAGGGUCAGAUGGAGAUGGAGGAAGAGGAUGAUGACGAGCGAUGGGGAGGGGCCGGCGCACAGAGUGAAGAGGAGGGGAAUGAGAAUGCUGACCAAGCCAACCACUCAGACGAGGCCGAAGGAGGCGAGAGGGAGGCGGACGGAGAAGGAGAGGGCGGAGAGGAGAUGGGAGCGGAGCAAGAGGAAGUGGAAGAAGAAGAAGAAGAAGAACAAGCAGAAGCACAAGGAGAAGAAGAAGAAGAAGAAGAAGAAGGAGAAGGAGAAGAAGGAGAAGGAGAAGAAGAGCAGCAUCGUGGUGAUGCCGGCAUGGACGAUGACGAAGAGGACGACGUCGGCGUCGUGAGAGGGAGAAGACUCUUGAAAGCUACCGGACUUUCCGGCAGUGACAGCGAAGAUGAGUAGGGAGCCCCCAUUCUAGCACACGUCCAUUACGUACUUUCUUCUUUUUGUUCUUUUUUUCUUUUUCUUUUUCUUUUUUUUUUUUCUUUUUUCCACUUUGACUAGGAGCCGUAUUCCGUACUCUUCAGUCUGUUUGCAGGAUUCUGUAAUUUGGUUAGCGAAAUCUCUGGACUUAUAAUAUUCAGAAAAUCAGCAGCAGCAGCUGCAGCAGCAGCAGCACCAGAAGCAGCACACAGUUGUGAAAAAGAGGGAGCACCCUAUAUAUACAGCCCCUCGUUUGUUGUCUUCUUCUCCCUCUCUGCCUACGGUUUACCGAGCAGCUCUGUUUGACUAUAUAUGGGCUUGGCCUUUCCUGAAAGUCUGAAGUUUUUCCCUUAUUUCGGGCUAGUUGUUAUUUGCUUAAAGUUUGUAGUUUUUAGACCCCAGGGCCAAGGUCCCACCAGCGAAGAGGAUAGUAUCAAACUCCUGAAUCUGGAUGUGUUUUAUGAAGAGAUGCAGAAAAGCAGUUCAAUCUCGAUUUGUGUGUGUGUGUGUGUGUGUGUGUGUGUGUGUGUGUGUGUGUGGCCGUGUGCGUGUGUGUGUGUGUGUGUGUGUGUGUGUGUGUGUGUGUGUGCAAGCCCUGUUUUCCAGUUGUGAAUCUUCUGAUCACGAAUUAACGAUUUAUUGUCUUGGGGAGUACUCACAUGAAGGGCUUUUGGAAUGAAUCUAUCUGUAUUUCUUGUCAUGAUACAUCGAGCAAAGCCCUAGUGUGAGGACGCCCUUCCUUGGUCUGUGCAUGACCUUGACCCACAUAAAGCAUGUCCCUGGCUCAUUACUGCCUUGUGUGAAGUUGUGUCAUCACAAAUGAAUUUUAUCCAACAUU